AUGGCUCAAUGCAACAAUGGCACACAAAUAUCUGCAGAACGAGUUAGCUAUCAGUGCUAUUAUUGUUCGAAUUGUCCGCAACCGUUCAAUGCUUUGAGUCCAUAUGUCACGCGAGUCCCUUCAAACACGGGUUGGUGUGCUAUGAUGAGCCGUACGAAUUCACUCGAUGGAAUUUAUACUCGAGGCACUGCACAACCAGGUCUCUGCAGUUCUACUGGAUGUUCAUGGAAGACGGUCGGCGGAGUUACUACAUGGGUUUGUUGUUGUAAUCAAGAUUUAUGCAACGCAUAUAUUCCAAAAGCUUGUUACUAUUGUUCAAACUGUCCACGACCAUUCAAUCCUUACAGUUUAUCUGUUUCACAAGUCGAUUCAACCACGGGUUGGUGUGCUAAGAUGAGCAGAACGAGUUCACCCGAUGGAAUUUAUACUCGAGGUGAUGCUCAACCAGGUCUCUGCUAUUAUAAUGGCUGUACGUGGAAGAUGAUCAAUGGAGUUAACACAUGGUGCUAA